AGUUGGUUGAGAGAUUACGGUGUCAGUAGAAGAGCUUGAGAGAAAGCGGCUGACGCUCAGGCGUUUAAACUGCUUUUCUCGGUCUAAACCCUUCAAACAAAUAUAGAGCACUUUACUCAAUCAGAAAGAUACAAACUAACGUUAGAUGAUUCGUAUCAUAAGAAAAACGAUUUGAAUGAAAAAACAGAGCUGUGUUCUUUCUUCUGUCGUGUCGUCUUUCUUCCUCAUUCCGGUUUCUUUUGUUUAUGUCCUGCAGUGUUCUACUGCUCGACGGAGAUUACAUCGCUGACAGUGAGAAAACGAUAGAGUGAAUCGAGAAAAAAUCGAAAGGCAGAGAGAAACAUAGAGAGACCAUCUCGUCCUUUUAACCGUCUACACGUCUUGUGGUGUCCAACUGGACCAGGAGCGAGAGUCUAAUGCCCCCGGAGGAUGAGCCCAGCCAUCGAGGGGAUGCAGACAGAGCCGCAGGGGUAUUUGGGGAAAGGGGUACUCCUUGAGCCCUUUGUGCACCAGGUGGGGGGACACUCGUGUGUGCUUCGCUUCGGGGAGCAGACGAUAUGCAAGCCCCUCAUCCCCCGGGAGCAUCAGUUUUACAAGAGCCUCCCUACGGCUAUGCGGAAGUUUACACCGCAAUAUAGAGGUGUGGUGUCGGUGAGUUUUGAAGAAGAUGAGGAAGGGAAUUUGUGUCUUAUUGCGUACCCUUUGCACAGUGAGCUUGGGGACCUGGAAAAUGUGGUCCCCUCGGCCGACCUGGAUCCCAAUAACAAAAUAAAAUGGGUCAGUAAGAUGCUGCUGGACAAUGAGGGCUACAGCAAGGACCGGUCCAGACACACUCGGAAGGAUAAGGACAAGAGUGUGAAACGCGAGGAGGAGUGGAUCAAGCAGGCUGAGGUGUUCUACUACAGUCUGGAGGGGAGCAAUGCUGCUGGCCCUCAGCUCAAGCACAACCCCUGGAGCCUCAAGUGCCACCAACAACACCUGCAGAGGAUGAAGGAGAACGCAAAACACCGCAACCAAUAUAAAUUCAUCCUUUUGGAGAACCUGACGUGGCGCUACACGGUUCCAUGUGUGCUUGAUCUGAAGAUGGGCACGAGGCAGCACGGGGACGACGCCUCUGAGGAGAAGAAGGCCAUGCAGAUCCGCAAGUGUCAGCAGAGCACAUCCGCCAGCAUCGGAGUGCGCCUCUGUGGCAUGCAGGUCUACCAUUCAGACACAGGGCAGCUCAUGUUCAUGAACAAGUACCACGGCCGUAAGCUGACCCUGUCUGGCUUCAAAGAGGCCAUCUUUCAGUUCUUCCAUGACGGGAGACGCCUAAGGCGUGAGCUCCUGUCGCCGGUGCUGCGGAGGCUGCGAGACAUGCAGGCAGCCCUGGAGGCCUGCGAAAGCUAUCGCUUUUACUCCAGCUCGCUCUUGAUAAUCUACGAUGGAGACCCUCCGCGAUCCCGCCAUUCCCCAGAGGAUGGGCUUUCGGAAGAGGAGGAGGAAGAUGAUGACGAUGAGGAGGAGGAAGAAGAAGAGGAGGAGGAAGAAGAAGUGGAGGGAGGUGCUUUUGGAUUCCCUCACGGCGCAGGCGCGGCCAGCAGCAGUAGCAACAGCGGUGCUUGUGGCGGCGGAAGCAGCACCAGCAGCUCUGCGGUGGUGCGACGCAUGGCCAGGUCAGACGGCGGCCCGGCCGUAGACGUACGCAUGAUUGACUUUGCCCACACCACUUGUAGGCACUACGGGGAGGAUAGUGUUGUCCACGAGGGGCAGGAUAGCGGUUACAUCUUCGGAUUGGAGAACCUUAUCACCAUCAUUUCCCAACUAGACGAUCACAGCGCAGAUUAAACCACAGCUUCGUUUCAAACCAGCAUGGCGUUCGAAUGGCGUGAGAAACUUCUUUCUCUUUUUAUUCCGCGUUCUUUCAGUCCCCUGAGAUGUCUCAACUUCACCUGUUCAGUUAUUUUUGGUGUCUUUUUGCUGAUUUUUGUGUGGGUAGAGGAUUAAAAUGUUUCGAGAGGCUAACAUUGAAAUGUCACAUGAUCAGCUUCCUCUGUGUUCAGUAGCUUUACUCACUUCCCUUGGUGUACUUUUACAACGUUGAUGCCGUUCCUCUUUUCUUCCUAUUUAUUGAGAAGAUAAAAUGGUUAUUUACAAAAGAAGGACCUGAUUUUGUUCCUGUACUUGUUCCUUGAGAAGGUUCCGGAAAUUUGAUUAGCUUCCGUGCGCUCCUUAUUGGAUGAAGGAACAGUUGGUGGCGAAAAGGAAUACUGUAACCGUCGCUCUACAGCACUGUCCCAUUGCACCUUUACCCAUUGUGAAGAGAGAACUAUAUUCGGAUAGUUAGUUGACAUACAGAGACUAUAAUAAAGCUUUAUUUAUUUGUCAUAUUUCCUAAAUAAACUAAAAAGAAAAAACAUUGAAAAAGAAAAUGGAGAUUCAAAAAUACAUUCCAUGUUAUUAAUGUUACAAUAAUGAUAUUAAUAAAUAUUAUUAUUUGACAUGUUCAGAUACCUCUAUCUUAUAUCUGUUGUACACGGUAUGUUGGAGGAAAAUAAAACUUGUUUGUGUUA